AUGGCUUGGUGGAAUCAGUUAACGAAGCAGAUGCUGCUGCGACUCUCAAAGCACCCAACGGUGCAUAGGUACGCACGUCAAGGAAUGAACUAUGUGAGGGAUCACCCUUCCGGCAGAAAAGUAUCCUCCGCGAUGUCAAACUCUUGGGUAGAAAUAAGGAGCCGCGUAGAGUCCUCUACUUCAGCUUUCCGCACCUUGGGCUUUGAUGGCAAUAAUAAGAACGGCGGGUACGCCAAACAAGUCUUUACCCUUUGGAAUGAAUAUAAAGGGCGUGUGUUUUCAUUUAUCGUUGUGAAUUUCAUGGGGAUUUUGUUUUUUUUUCAAUUUGGCUCCGCCCUGUGGCAAAUGUUCAAGCAGAUGGUGUCAACUCUUUUUACUGAACCGGAGAAGAAGCUCAAGAAAAAUGAGGGCUCUUCUCGUGCCAUCAAUGUCUACGUGGCCGGUGCCGAAGGUAUUGAGGAGAAAAAGAAAAAGGUCAUUUUGCAACAGCAGCAACAGCAACGGGAACAGGAGGAAGAGAAGCAUCCAGUUGAAAUGGAAAAUGUGGACCAAUUCUCAUUUGUCUUUUCUGACGGCACCGAUGCACACGCAAAGCAGUCCAUGCUGCGUCUGGAACGUGAUAUUUUUGGCGACGUUAAGAAACCAGAUUUCUCCACCUCAUUUAAAUUUCGCAUGGGUGAAGACGAGGAGUUCAGGCCCUCUGCAAAGAAAUAA